UGCCCCCUUCCACCAGCACCACAUUGGUAAAAGUCAGUGUCUCGUGUCGAUAGGAUUUUAAAAAAUAGAUUUUUUACGUGUUUUACGACUGAACUUUGAAUGUGACUAGCAGCAAUGCCGACGUACGGAGGACGUGGCGAGGCAGGCGGCGCGAUGGCUUGCGCCGGCUGCGAAAAGCCUAUCCUGGACAAGUUCCUCUUGCAUGUGCUUGAGCGAGCAUGGCAUGCGGCGUGCGUGCGCUGCGCGGACUGCCGUGCUCCGCUUGCUGACAAAUGCUACUCAAGGGACAACAAAUUGUUCUGUAGAAAUGAUUUCUUUAGACGUUACGGAACUAAGUGCAGUGGCUGUGGGCACGGCAUCUCGCCUUCCGACUUGGUACGAAAAGCCCGAGAGAAGGUGUUCCACCUCAACUGUUUCACCUGCCUCGUCUGCAGGAAGCAGCUGUCCACCGGCGAAGAACUAUACGUCUUAGACGACAACAAGUUUAUAUGCAAAGAGGAUUACUUAGCUGGGAAGGCGCCAACGCAUUCUGAUUCACUACUCGGUUCUGGUUCAGACGAGGAAGAAGAGGAAGAGUCGAGAGCAGCAAACAACUCUAGCAGUCCGGCGCAUGCGCCCCAUCCAGCGUUGCACUCCGAACUAUCACACAACGGCGACACGAAACCGCACGAAGACUCUGAGGACCAGGGUUCAUUGGACGGAGAUCCUGAAACUCGGGACUCCCAGGCAGAGAACAAAUCUCCCGAUGACGGUAACGGCGGUUCCAAAAGAAGAGGACCGAGAACCACGAUAAAGGCGAAGCAGCUGGAAAUAUUGAAGUCAGCUUUUUCACAAACACCGAAACCUACACGGCAUAUACGGGAACAGCUGGCGAAAGAAACGGGACUGCCUAUGAGAGUUAUACAAGUCUGGUUCCAGAACAAGCGGUCAAAAGAACGUCGUCUGAAACAGCUCACGUCAAUGGGCAGAGGACCAUUCUUCGGGUCCUCCCGCAAGAUGCGAGGGUUCCCAAUGAAUCUGUCGCCUGGAGGCCUCGAGGAAGGGCCGCCGGGGUUCCCAUACUUCGCGACAGCCGAUGGCAAGUUCGAGUUUGGCUAUGGCCCGCCGUUUCACCAUGAUGCACCGUUCUUCCAUCCUCCUCCGUCGAUGCCAUUCAAUCAGCCAGGUCGUUUCGCAGGUGGCAUGGAGACGCUGCAGGGCGGCGAGUUCCCCGAGCAAUUCCCUCCACCGGAUCACCUCGUUCUUCCGCGGCCUUCGUCCCCUGAGUUCACCUUUGGAGACGCCCCGCCACCCCUCCAUCCCGAGGGUCUGGUGUGGUAGCUGAAGCCGGAGCCGCGAGACUACCACGACUGAUGCGGCUCGACGGGUUUUUAAGUGGACUGAGUGAUAACGAAGUGACGUUUACAUGGCAAAGCGUAUGAGACAUACGGCCAAAAGUGUUUUACAUAAGGAAUUUAUUUAAUUUUAAAUAUAUUUUUUUGAUAUUCUUGAAUGGACAAAUUUUAUAAGUAAUGCUAAGGCUUAGAAACCAUACAGCCGUUAUUUUUUACUUGUUUUUUUCGUGUUUAAAAUAUUACACAGAUAAUAAAUUUCAAGAAUCGGACAACGCAAUAUGAAAGUUGUCCGAUUUUUUUUAUGAAUAGCUUGAUUAUGCUCUGUAACUUAGCUUGACGUAUUUUUUAAUUUUUCAAUUAAUUAUUUUGAAGUUUUAUAAAAUUCAGUAGCCGACCCUUAGCCAUUAAUAU